GGGUCAGGUGCAAAAUUCCCAAUUACCUCACCAGUGUGAGUCGGAUGAGAAAUUUCGGUUACCGCUGAUGGUUCGGACAAGUUCAAUUUUUCACUGCGCAUCAACAAUAGCAACCUAUAUGAUUCAAUACAGGACGGUAGUGAACAGGUGCGCCUUAAAAAGGCACGAGCAGCGGAGUGGUACGAACAGACAGCUUUUGAAGCUAGCACGGAGUGGUUGUAUGUACAGUCUGAACUUUUGUAAUAGGCAACACCCCGGUCGUGAAUUGGUACAGUAAGAGCCCGGGCCGAGGACAAGAUGAUGACCAUUGGUCUGGUGACUGUCUUCUGUCUGGUGGCAGGAACGCUUGGGCAAGGUUGGCCUCCAGAAUUUAGUCAGUGUCCUUCAGACCAGUAUCACAGUAUCGCUGAUACUAAGCCCGGUGUAAAUGUCACCUGGCGGGAACCAUACGUCCAAGACGACUACGGUGAAACGACUCAACCCGUCCAGACAUUCGGCCCCCAGUCUGGUUCCAUUCUCGAGCCCGGGUUCUACACCGUCAUCUAUAAAGCCACUGAUCGGGUUGGACAUCCUGUUGAGUGCUCGUUCGAUAUUGAAAUCCAGGCAUAUGCUGCGAUUGACGUGUGUCAAUCUGCUCCGUGUCAAAAUGGCGGCGACUGCAUUUCAUCCAGCUCGUAUUCAUAUACCUGUUCAUGUGCUCUCUAUUCCGGGUUCAGCGGAACGAACUGUGAAAUCCCACCUGAAUCAUUUGAAUGUUUUCUACCAUGUGAAAAUGGCGCUACAUGCAUCGACACCAUAGACUGGUACGAGUGCAGAUGCACGCCAGGCUACACGGGCAUAUACUGUGACGUGUACAGUCCUGCAACAACGCCCGGCCCAACCACAGUUGAUGACUCUCCUCCAGAAUUUCGCCCGUGUCCCGCAGACAUUGCUCGCCGUAUCCCUGCUAGUAAUGGCGGGGUAAGGGUGACCUGGCCUGAACUACACGUUGAAGACGACAGUGGUGAGACCAUUCAACCCGUCCAGAUUUUCGGCCCCCGAUCUGGUUCAGUUUUCCACCUUGGAUCCCAUUUAAUCGACUACGAAGCCCGCGACUCGGCAGGGAAUACUGCCUUCUGCUCGUUCCAUGUCAGAGUCACGGCUUAUGAGCCUCCAUCUAUUUUCUGCCCGAUUGACAUCGACCACUGGCUGUCAAGCGGCGAGUCAUCCGCCGUGAUUACCUGGGACAUGCCUACCGUGCUUAGCUCCUCCGGCCAUGCCCGCUUGACCUACCAAUCCAUGGAGUCUGGCUCACGUCUGCGUCCGGGGACAUACACGGUCCGCUACCGCUACACCGAUGACUCUGCCUUGGAGGCAUCUUGCUCCUUUACCAUAACCAUCCAUGACUCCUGGAAACCCCAGCAUCCAAUACAGGGACCCCAGCAUCCCAUACAGCAUUCCAAGGACUUGACACUGAAAAUUGUCAUCCCCGUUGGGGUACUGGUCGUCGUUCUGGCCGUCGUGAUGUCGAUCGGGCUCUACAUGUACAACAAACGCAGAAGGAGCAUCAACAAUGGCGAUUCCUCUUCAACCUGCGGCGGCAUGCGUAUCUUGAAGAAUGAGCACCUGCCUGCCGAGGAACCGCGCUAUUCCACUCCACCCAUCGAAAAGACUCAAGAGAUUGCCUAGACAUCUGAUAUCCUGCGUUGACCCUGCCUUCAGAAGAUCUGACCACACCCAUUUAACCACACCCAUCCCCCCUGACCGUGAUAUCUGACCGUACCAUCCGUUUAAAAUCCGAUGUAUUUAACAUGCAGGUUAUCAGUACCUUGUUUGAUACCAGUUUUUUUCAUCAUUACCAGGCCCAUUUGACCACGCCCGUCAACUAUGAGGUCUUAAGAAUAUCUGCUGGAAUUGCUUUUCCUCCUGCGAUCCCCAAUUGUUACUGGAUCGAAAAAUGGUGUAAUUUUUGUUUUCACUUUUCCCACCCAUUUUGUAGGAAAUUGAUUGAUUAUUAAAUAGCGGAGAAGGCAGGGGCAGUAAAUGCACCACGACUCCUGAAGAUUUGUAAUAAAGAAAAGAAAGAUUGCUUUAGUUCUGCUUUUUCAGUUUCGGGUUCUGAUUUUGUUGAUGGAAUUUGAAGUUCCCAUUUUUAAUUUUGUUUUUUAUUUGUUUACACUUUUUUUGGCAUGGAGCUUCAAAUCCUUGUGUUUAUUUGCAGCUAAAUGUACGUCAUAUACACAGUUUACAUUUGCAAUUAUUUUACCGCUAAACGCCUUUAUUUAAUUAAGCUAUUAAUCGGUUUGUGAUUUACAGUAAUAUCUCGAGUGUAACCAGAAUUAGCAAUGGUUUUUAAAGUUUCAAACUUUCAGGAAAAACUAUCCACUUUCCAUUUAACUUAUAACACAACAGCUACAGACAUCUUUCAAGCAUGAUUUUUAGAUACACGAAUCACUUACAUUCGGCCCAUGCAGACACGGUGGGAGCGAUUGGGAUCGGAGACAUGGGGGCAUACAGGCCCAAUAUCCUCUCCCACGAGCAUACAUACUUUCGAGAAAAACAAAUUCCCGCCGGUUUUUUUUUGUGCGUGGUAAUUCCACAAGGAAAACAUUUUAGCCAUUGAAAUUGACAUAGAAACACGUGCGUACACGAUUGUCAGAUACGAACAGCGCCAUCUAUUGGUGCCCUCCUCGUUUACGGAAUUUUCCUGUUCCCUUUGUUUCUUGAAAAGACUUUUUUGAAACAUCAUAAUCAAAAUGUGAAUGCCCCUCUUUCAAUGACGUUCCCUUACCGCUGAUUCUGGCAACACUUUGCACUCGUUUACGUGUUUAUGAUUGGUAUGUUUUAUUCAAAAUGUAUUUUGUACUCAGACAUAUAUUUCUUUUUAUUAGGAAAAGAACUUGACGAUUUAUUUCAAUUUCUCAAGAUUUCAGCUUCAUAAAAUUUAAGCAAGAACAUUUUGCUCAAAUCUGAUAAAAAAGAGCCAAUGAGCACAUCUCAGAACUUGUUUAUCUGUUUAUGAUUUGUAUGUUUUAUUCAAAAUGCAUUUUGUACUCGGACACAAUUUUUUAUGACGAAAAGCACUUGAUGAUUCUUUUCAAUUGCACGAAAUUUCAGCUUCACAAAAUUUGAGCAAGAAAAUCUUGCAUGAUCCUAAACAUACUCAAUACUGCUGAAAAAAGGCCAGUGAGCACAUCUCAGAAUUUUUCUAUCAAUCAAUCUAGUUUAUUUCAUAACUUCAUAAUGAAAACAUAUAAAGUACGUAACUUAAUAGAUAAACAAAACAUAAAAGUAAAUGACAAAGAUAAGUAACAAAGAUAAAUGAAAAGCAGAGAAGUUAUAAGGAAGUUGUAAGAAGUCCAAGGACUUAUGAAACACUCCCUUUUUACCCCCCCCACCCCCACCUCCCCCCCCCCCCCGAGAGAAAAUCCCAAGUGUUCCCGUUACACGUACCCAACUACCCCACCCCAACCUAAGAUGUUCCAUUAACUUAAUAAAGACAAGAAUGUAUGUAUAAAACAAUGUACAAUGUAAACACUGUGAGAGUGGUAAAGUAGUAAUAGGCCUAAACAAAAUAAACAAAAUCAAUUUCCUUGCAGGUAGUUUCUAUACAAUGUUU